AUGAGGCUAGGCUUAACUUUCAAUGGUCGCUUUGAGGGUGUCGGUUCUGAAAACCCAGGUGACCACAUGAAAGAGCACUUUCAGGAACAAGAAACAUUUUGUAAUUUAGCCAAAGAAAGAAGGGGAAUUUAUACUUGGCUGGCCUUCAACAGAUCUUCCCUGACAGCUGGAAAAACAAGUCAUCAGUUUCCAACUGAAUCAGCGACACACAAUUUCAAGCUCGGACCCGGUCGACGGUAUUACUUUGGUCGGGAAGAAAAGGCAAAGAACGUUCAACUAUAG